CAAUGUGAGAAUGAAAAUUUUCCAUUCACAACUCACAAUUGACAAUGCACUCUCCAUUGUUUAGUCUUUGUCUAAUCUUUACCUUCUUCCUUCUUUCCUCUGCCACUAAUAUCAACCGCCAUCGUCGCCUUCUCCAUCAACCGCUUCCUCCAACUUCAACUCCAUCCAUUAAUAAAACUAAACCUCCAGUUCCUUCUCCUCAUUUUCAUCCAUUUUUCGUAUUUUUUCUUCCUCCUCCGCCACCUUCAAAUGAUUUUGCCACUUUCCCUGCCAACAUUUCCUCCCUCAUACUUCCACGCUCCUCGCAUUCCUCUAAUAAUUCCAUCACCAGCAAAUUCAUCGCCAUCCUUGUAUCUGUAUCCAUCCUCUCUGUUGUAUUCAUCACUGCCCUUGUUCUUUUCUUCUUCCGUCAUCCCCACCGCGAAGCCAAAAGCUAUGAUGAUGAUCACGAGAGAAACAAUACUCUCAGGCUUGUCUCGCCUAAUACAACCCCUUCUCACGUUGAAAUUGGAAAGAAAAAGUCGUCGACGCUUGUGAAUUGUAGAGAAGAAAUUGCUCAAUCUUCUACAGCCUCAAAUGACUUUGUCCCACUAAACUACCAAAGAAUUGGAUCACCAGAACUCCACCCUCUCCCUCCAUUGCCACGACAUCAAUAUUUCAAGCAACAUCUUAAAAAUGGAUCAUUUGAAGAUGAAGACAACGAAUUCUUCUCCCCCAGAGGAUCCUCUGGGAGUAGAGGAAGUCCAAAUUUCAUACAAAGGAGUUUCCAAUAUCAAUAUCUGAAUUACAAUUCAUCAAAUGAUUCAUUAUCCAAUAGUCCUUCUGGAGAAUUGAGUUUGGUAAAUUUUCCAGCACGGGCGAGGUUUAUUCUUCAGCCAGUGGAACAUAGGCCAAUGUCAUCAUCUUCAAUAUCUUCUGGUAGUACCCAUAAUUCCCCUGAUCAGAAUCCCGAGUCUACUAUGAGUAAACUCGGGAAUCCUGGGAGGUAUAUAUCGAUAAGACUUCCACCUCCACCACCACUGCCACCACCUCGAGUACUAGUAGAAGAUGUUUGGCCAUCGAUGCCCAUUUCAUUCCAGAAUGCUAAUGACAUUUCCGAAAUUCCGGAAGGUGUUGAAAGGAGGAAUGAAGAAAGUAUGAAGCCAAAGCUCAAGCCUCUGCAUUGGGAUAAAGUCAGGGCUAGCUCAGAUAGAGCAAUGGUUUGGGAUCAACUAAAAUCUAGCUCUUUUCAGUUAAAUGAGGAGAUGAUUGAAACAUUAUUCACUAUAAAUACUUCAAAUAUGAAUUCAAAAGAUUGUGUAAGACUCCCAAUUAUUCCUGUGAUGAAUCAAGAGAACCAGUUGCUUGACCUAAAGAAGUCUCAGAACAUUGCAAUUUUGUUGAGAGCACUUCAGAUUACUAGUGAUGAAGUUUGUGAAGCACUUUUAGAAGGUAAUGCUGGCACACUCGGAAUGGAGCUACUGGAGAGUUUAAUCAAGAUGGCUCCCACGAAAGAAGAAGAACGAAAGCUGAAGAAUAUCAAAGAUGAAUCGCCAUUCAAACUAGGCCCUGCUGAGAAAUUUCUCAAGGCAGUGGUUGAUAUACCUUUUGCAUUCAAGAGGGUGGAUGCAAUGCUUUACAUAGCUUGUUUUGAUUCAGAGAUCGAAUACCUUAAGAUGUCAUUUCAGACAUUAGAGACUGCAUGUGAAGAAUUAAGGAAUAGCAGGACAUUUCUACGGCUUCUGGAAGCUGUACUCAGAACCGGAAACCGCAUGAAUGUGGGAACGGACAGAGGAGAUGCACGUGCCUUCAAGCUCGACACACUUCUUAAGCUUGUAGAUAUUAAAGGUUCUGAUGGGAAAACCACCCUUCUGCAUUUUGUUCUUCAUGAAACUAUUAGAGCAGAAGGUUCUCAUCUUUCAGAUGCUGAUCUAACGUCUCGCGAUGAGGCUGAAUUUAGAAAUGGUGUUCACGUUAUCUCUGGCUUGAGCCACGGGCUUUCCAAUGUGAAGAAAGCAGCUGUGAUGGACUCGGAUAUUCUUAGCAAUGAAGUUGCAAAACUAGCAGCAGGAGUUGCUAUGAUUACUGAUGUUCUAAAGCUGAAUCAAGAGCUGGUUUUGGAUGAGAGUAGCAGAAAGUUUUCCGAGUCGAUGAAUGGAUUCUUGAAUAAAGCAGAGGGAGAGAUUAUGAAUAUACGAGCCCAAGAGGAUGUUGCUCUAUUCAUGGUAAAGGAGCUAGCAGAAUAUUUCUAUGGUGAUUUGGCUAAGGAAGAAGCUCGACCGAUCAGGAUAUUUAUGGUAGUUAAGGACUUCCUCUCUAUCAUUGAUCAAGUGUGCACAGAUUUGGGAAAAUAACAGAGAAAACAUUGUAUUUUUCACAAGUUUUUCGCGUCUGACAGUGAAGGCAACAAGGUAACUCCUCUAAAGAUGAAAUAUCAUGGAGUUCUUCAUCCCUAUAUGUAUUUUAUAUGCAUUUUACUGAGAUAUUUCCGUAUCAGAAAAAGUUAUAUGUAUUACUAUAUUGAGGAAGUGAAUAAUAAAGGCGGAUCUAGAAUUUGAAACCUGUGGUU